AUGGCAAAAAAAAGCGACGAAGCUAAAAGAAUAUUAAAAAAGAAAAUAAAUAAUGAUAUAACUAAUAUUUUAUUAUUGUUUGAAAAAGUACAAGAAUGGGCAGAUUUAAGUAAUAUAUUACAAAAACUUUAUUUAACCAUAGAAAAAUAUGAAGUAUUUGUUGAUUUUUCUUCGAAAUUUUUGUUAUUUAGAAGAUUAUCUCAAUGCUUAAAUCCACUUUUACCUUCAGGAGUACAUUCAAAAGCAUUAAUAAUAUAUUCAACCAUUUUUAAAAAAGUAGAAAAAAAUUUUCUCAUAAAUAAUAUUCACAUAUUGUGUUCAGGAAUAUUUGAAUUUAUGCUACAUUGCACCAUUAACUUAAAAACUAUUUAUUUUAAAAAUAUCAAAAGUAUUUUAAAUUUAAAAGAAAAUGUAUAUAUUUUUGCUUAUGCCUUAUUACUAUCAUUAUUUAAUGUAGUAGAUAGUGACAACAAUAUAUUACUAUAUAUAUAUUCUAUAAAUAAUUAUAUUGGAGAAAAAAUAUUUUUUAAUAAUUUAUGGUUAUUAUUAUUAAGGCAUAAUGAAAUAAGAACAAAUAUUUUAAAUUUUUUACAAACAUCAUUUAGCCCACAAAUAUCUCUACUAUCAAAAGAAAGGAUAAAAAUGCUUUUACCUUGUAAAGAUUAUCUUGUAUUAUCAUCACUUAUUUUUUGUUUAAAUGAUAAAAACAUUUUAAAUCAAAGAUUAACUUUAAGUUUGCUAAUUAAUAAUUUUCCCUUAUCUCAAAUAAGUAAUAAAAAUAAAAAAAAAAUAAGUUAUAAAAAGAAAAACAACGACUGUAAUGUUCAAAAGAUAAAUUUCUCAAACAGCAUUAAUGAUGUAAUUAUCGAUACUAAUCAAGAUCAAAAUUAUUUUAAGAAAGAUAAAUUACCAAAUGAACAAAUGAAUAAUGAAUAUGCUCAAAAAAACAUAGAAAAAGAUGAAAUUAAUGAAGAUAAUGAAAAUUUUAAUGAUGAAAAGAAUGUAAAUAGUAAUCAAAAUUUAUAUAAUGAUUCUGAAUAUAGCAUAAAUAAUGAUUUAACAGAUUAUAGACAAAAAAUGAAUAUAUUGAAUGAAAAAAAAUUGGAAACUUUAGAUAAUAGAGAAAGAAAUCAUAUUUACGAGGAGGAUAAAAAUAAAUACAAAAAUUUUAAUUUGGUAGAAAAAUAUGAUAAUAGUGAAAAAUACAAAACAAUUACAAAGUUAGAUGAUAUAGAAAAAUAUGAUAUUAAUGAAAAUAUAGAGGAUAAUAAUAAUAUUAUUAUGCUUACUAAUGACAAAAUAAAUAAUAAAAAUGAAGAUUAUAUAACUACUGAUGAAAAAGUAUUAUCCAAUGAUUUGAGAGAUUCAAAAAAAGAAGAAUAUAAUUUAAAGUGUGAUUUUAAUAACAAUACAGAAAAUGUAUUAUUAAUAAAUGAUAUGAUGAAUAGUGAAGAAAAUGACCCAUCAAAAAUUGUUUUAUUUAGUGAUAUUAGUAAAAAAAUAAUAACAAGAAAUGUUAUUUUUUUAUUACAGAAAUCAGAUAUAGGUCUAAAUAGAAGAAUAUUUAAAUAUUUAUAUCUAUAUGAAAAUAAUGAUGAAAAGAAUUUUAAAGAGAGUAUUAACUAUGAAAAUUACAAAACAUUUUAUGAAACAUUAAUAGAUAUUCUGAAUAAUAAAUUCAAUGAUAAUUAUUGUAAUAUUUCUGAUGUUUUAUAUAUUUUAUUUAAAAAUAAAGACUAUAUUGAAGUUAAUAAGUAUUUAAUGGAAAAAGUUUUUUUAUAUUUGCUUAAUUUUUGUUACAAAUAUAGAAAUGAUAAAGCAAUAUUAUACUUUUUAAAAAAUAUGUUAAGUUUGAAUUUAAUAAGCUAUGAAAAUAUCGUAAAUAUAUUUUUACAUACAUUUUACUUUUUAAAAGUAGAUGAUUCCUUAUUUAAUCAUAAUAUAAAUAUAUAUAUUAAAAAAUUUAUGAAUUUAUUAAAUAUAAUGACUUUUUUUGUAGAAUUUGUAAAACAUAUAAAUAAAUAUGUAUAUAUAUAUUAUAUAUUUUUAUUUAAUAUUGCUACUUUGAAAUUAAUAAAUUACUUAAAUCAUAAGAUAAUAAUUAUUAUCAAAAAAUAUAAUCAUGUAAAAGAUUUAAAUAAAAAAUAUUUUAUAUAUUCCAAUGAUAUAGUUUCUGGUAGACAUAGUUCCUUGUUUUAUUUUUAUUUUUUUGUUACAAAUUAUAACAAUUAUUAUAUGCAUAAAUGUUUUGUUUUAUUUAUAAAAGAGCCAAUAUUUCAAAGAUAUUUAAACAGAAAAAGUAACAUUAAGCAUGGAAAUGAUUUGAAUAAGCAGUUUAUAUCAUUCAGUAAAUAUGAAUUAAAUAGUAAGGAAAAAGCGAAAAAUAAAAUGAAUGAAAUCAAAAAAAUUCAAAUAAAUAAUAAAAUUUUAGAAGAAAAUAUAUUAGAUAGUGAAAAAGAAGAAAGGUUAAGAAAUAUGGGAAUUGUAGAUCCUAUAGUAAAAAAUAAGAGAGCGAAAGAAUAUGAAAUUAAGGAAAAUAGUAAAAUUAAUGCAGUUGAUAACAUAAUAUUCAAUGAAUACUCUUCUUUUGAUAGAAAUAAUUUGAUCCAUAAUAAUUUUAGUAAGAAUUUACAAGUAGAAAAUAACGAAUUAUUAUUACAUAUAUUAUUGAAAUAUAAAUGUAUAUUAAAGAAAAAUUUGAUUGAUUCAAUUAUUAAAAAUAAUGAAUUAUAUUUUUUUACAAAUAAUUAUGAAUAUAUUAUUUAUUUAUUUUACAAUUAUCAUUUGUUAAUUGAAAAAGAGAACGUAAACAAAAGUUCGUUUUUUUUUCUAAGAAAUAUUUUAAAAAAUUGCACAAGUGAAGAUAAAAACAAAUUUUAUUUUUGGUGUUUUUUAUUUAUUCAAAUAAUAAGAAUAAAUUUCAAUAAUUCAUUAGCUCAUAAUUAUAAAAUUAAAGAAGAUUUACUAGAUUUUAAUUAUGAACAGCCAUCUGUGAAUAUUAAUUGUAAUAAUGAUAUAAAUGAAAAAGAAAAUAUUAUUGAAGAUAAGAGUGAAAAUAAAAAUAUGAAUGAAAAUAUUCAAAUGAAGUAUUCAGGAGAAACAACUAAUAAUAUAUUUAAUUUUGAAGAAGAGCUUUUAUUUAAUAAAUUUUUUGUUGAAAAUAUUUUAUCAUAUUCGAAUAAAAUUGUAAAAAAUAUAUUUAAUUAUAUUAAAAUAUUAAAAAAGAAUAAGAAAUUUAUUCAUUUAUUUUUUGACAUAAAUUAUUUAUAUAUUUUUUGUGAUAAUACAUUUUGUUUAAAAUUUUUGAAGAAGAGUUUAAAAUGUAAAGAUAUUAAUGAAUUAACUAUAAAUAUAAAAGUAAUACUAGAGUUUAUUAUAAAUAAUAAAACGGAUGAAUAUCAUAUAAUUCACUCAAAUUUUUAUAAUUUAUCUCAUGAUAUUUUUAAGCUAUAUAAUAGAAAUACUUUAAUUAAUUACUAUCUAUUAAAAUAUCUAAAAACAAACAAAUAUAAUCUAUCAUAUAUAUUUGAUAAUAUAAUCAUCAGUAUGUUUGAUUUAAUAAAUCAGAUAGAAAUUUUAUUUAAUAGUGACACUGAAUAUAAAGAUAACAUAAAUAAUAAUAGAAAUAGUAAUAAUAAUAAUAAAUGUUACAAUACUAUUAGUAGUAAUAUUGAAAAUAUUAAUGUGGAUAAUAAAAAUAAUAAUUUUAAUAAAGAUAAAAAAAAUUCUCAUAACUAUGAAAAAUAUUUAAGGAAAUUAAAAUGUAAAUUUGAUUACAUAAAUUUUUUCUUUUUAAAUAUUGAGAAUUUUAUGCUUUGGUUAUACAAACACAAAAUUAGUAAAAGAAUAUAUGAUUUAAGAGAUAAAAUAAAUUUAUCAAAUUAUGAAAAAAACAUAGCUAUAAUUAUUUGUUAUAUAUGUACAGAAGGGAAUAUAAAUUCUUUUUUUUUUAGAAAUUACUUAGAUGUAUUUUUUAUUUUGUUUUUAAAAAUUAUGUAUUUAAAUGAAAAUAUUAGCGAACUUAAUAACAAUUCUAAUAAAAUAAUACAAAAAGAAAAAAACUCGUUGAAGCAAAAUGCGUUAUUAGAAUUUAAAAGAGAUAUAAUCAACUUACUAAAUCACAUUUUUAAUUUAAAUAAUAAUAAAAAUUAUAAGUUUAUGAAAUUUUUGAACAUUUAUUAUAGACAAACUAUUCAUCAUUUACUAUUUUUAUACUAUUAUUUUACUGUAAAAAAAUAUUAUAUAUUACAAUUACAACUAAUAAAUUUUAUUAGAUACAUACUACCUCUGUAUGAAAAAAAAAACAUAGAUAACAAAUAUUGUGCUAAUGAGAAUAUUGAAAAAGAAAGUAAUUUUAAAAUAGCAAAAUAUAAUAAUUAUGAAGAAUUUCUUUCUAUUAGUAAAAAUAAUUUUGAAUUGAGAAAUAAAAAAAACCAAAAUAUAAAAAAUGAUGUUUUUAUUUUUAGUAUUUUAAGAAAAUCAAUGACAAUUAUAUUUAAUAUAAAUGAACAAGUUAUAUAUAAGGAAGUUUUAAAAACUAUUCUUUAUUUGAUUGAAAAUAUUAUUGAAGAAAAAGAAGUGAAAAAUUAUUAUUUAACAGUUUUUUUUUUAGAUUUGUUAUAUAUAAUAAAAAUAGAGGAUCAAAAAAAAAAAAAAAACUUAUUUUUUAUAAUGAAGUUUUGUCACUUUUUAUUAGAAAUAUUUAAACUAAUAUAUAAAGAUGAAAUAAAAAAUGAAAGCAAAUUUGAAAAUAAAAAUGAUUAUUAUAAUAUAUCUAUUGAUGAUAUAGAAAAUAGUAUAAGUGAAAAUAAAAUUUCUACAGCAAGUUUUUGCAGUAUAUUUUCAAUAAAAACUGACGAUAAAUUUAUAAAUAUGCAGCAUAAAAAUAUAUCAAAUUUAUUUUCAAUUAUUUUUAAUUUGUAUGCAUAUCUAAAAAAAAGAAUAACAUUAUAUUGUAAAAAUAAUAAUAACUAUAAUAAUGAUAAUAAUACUUAUAAUAAUAACAACAAAGGUUAUAAUAAAAAUGAAAAUAAAAAUAAUUUUAGUAAUAGUUAUAACAGUAAUAAUAAUAAUAAUAAUAAUGAUAACAAAAUUAAUAAUAAUAAUAAUGUAAGUAACUACUACAAUAAUAAUAAUAAUGAAAUUAAUAAUAAUAUCAUUAAUGAUGAUAGUAAUAACAAUUACAAUGAUGAUAAUGAUAAUAAUAACAUGAAUAAUGAUAAUAACUCAAAUAAUAAUAAUAACAUCAAGGAUGAUAAUAACAACAGUAUUAAUAAUGAUAUUAAAGAAAUAAAUAAUAAUAACUAUAAUGAUAAUAGCAACAGUAUUAAUAAUAAUAGUCAAGAUGUAAGUAGUAAUAACUAUAAUGAUAAUAACAAUGAAAUAAAUAACUCUAAUGAAAAUAAUAAUAUUACUAUUUAUAGUAAUAAUAAUGAUAAAAAAAAUUAUGAUUAUAAUAACAGUGAAAAUAGUGAAAACAGUAAUAAUAAUAAUGAUAUUAUUAAUAAUAAUUUUGAUAAUAACAAUAGUAAUAAUACUAUUUAUAAUAAAGAUGAUACUAAUGAUAUUUGCAUUAAUAAUGAUAGUAACAAUAGUUAUAAUAGCUAUAUAUAUGACAAUAAUGAUACUAAUAGUAAUAAUAUAACGAAAGACUCUAAAGAAGAUAAUAUUUUAAAAAGUACUCAUAGUAUAAGUAAUAAUAAGAAUGGCUAUUCUGAUUUAAAUAAUGAUAUAGAUAAUUCAAUUAAUAAAUUAAACUUUAAUUCAAAUAUUGAAAAAAAUGAUAUAUUAAAAGAUACCCAUUAUAAUGUCAAUAAUGAUAAAAACAAUUUAAUGAAGUCUAUUGAGACUAAUUUUAUACUUUCACAUAAAUGUGAAAAUUCUAUUAUAAGUAAUUAUAAAAAUAAAAUGAAUGAAUAUAAUAUAAAAAAUGAAAAUUUAAAUAAAAAUAAAAAAAUAAAUUUGAUGAAAAUAUGUUUAGAAAAUGUAAUUUCUAUAAAUAAACUUUUGUAUUUUAUUACUAGAAAUGAUUUUUUAUUCAUUGAUAAUUUAUAUUGUAUAUUUAAAGAAUAUGUUCAGAAUAAAAAUGAAUACAAUCGAGAAGAAGUAACAGAAGAAUCUUUUUAUGAACAAAAGAAAAAAUUAUAUAAAAAAAUGAAAAAAAAAAAAGUUAAAGAAGAAGAAAAAAUAGAAGUAGAAAGCUUUAUGGAUCAUAAUGAAAAUGUUAUAGGAGAUAAAAAAGUAAAAAAAGAAAAGGUUAGGGAAUAUUUUAAAAAAGAAAAAAAAUUAUUGAAAAAAUUGAAUUUUAUUAGCAAAUUUAGUAAAAACUCAAUUAAAAAAAGUAUGGUUGUAAUGAAUUAUUCUGAUGAAUCUAUGGAAAAAAAAAAACUGUCCUUUUCAUUAACGUUAUUUAAGGAAUUUAAAGAUGAUAUAUUGAUAAAAAUAUUGGAUGAUUUAUUAAAUUAUUAUGAGAAAAAUAAGUCAAAAAUAAACAUAAAUGAAUUUAUGUAUUUUUUAUUUAAUAUAUAUUUAAAUAUAUGCACAUUAACAAAAAAAAUCAUAAAUUAUUUUAUUGAUUUCAUAUUUUCCUUCAUUAAAAAAAUAACUCAAACAUCUCAUAAUAUUAUGUGUAGUUUAUGGUUUUUAUAUAUUUUAUUUAUAAUAGAAAAAAACCAUAUAUAUGUUUUUAACGAUAAAUUACAGAAAAAAAUAAUAUUAGAACAAAUAUAUAUUCUAAUACAAAUAUCUUUAUAUAGUUUUUAUUCAAAAAAUGUCAAAAAUAAUUAUAAUAUUCAGACACCUUUACCAAAAUUUGUACAGCCUUUUAGUAUUUAUUAUAUAAUUCAAAAUUGUUAUAUAAAUAAUAAUUAUUUUAAGAAAAAGAUGAAUGUAAGAUAUUUUUAUAUAAAAAAUUUAAAAUUAAUUGAAAAAUAUUUUAACAUAAAUGAUUAUUCUGAAAUAGCAGCAAUUAAUUCUUUAUCCUUUUUACUAAUGUGUUUCUAUCAUUCUAUAAAUAAUAGUACAAAAAGUUAUAUAUGUGAAUCAUCAAUAAAUAUAUUUUAUGAAAAUUUUAGUAAAUAUAUUUCAUUAAUAUAUAAUAAUAGUGUUCAAAAUAUAUUUUAUAGAUAUUUAUUUUUAUUAAUUAUGAAUUUAUUAAUUGAUUACAAUUAUAACUGCAAACAUUAUAUAAAAAAAAUUACGUUUGAUUUAUAUUCCUAUAUAACAAAUAUUGAUAUAAGAUGUAUAAAAGCAUUAUCAAAUAUUUUUAAGAAAUUAAAUGAAACUAAUAUUGAUGAACUAUUAUUAGUACCAUCUACUAGUAUCUUUUCAUUGAAAUUUAAUAUAAUAAAUUCAAGAAUUAAUUAUAUAAAUAAAUUAUCAUUAAUUAUAUUGGCGGGAAGUAGGAAUUUUUAUUUAUGCCAUUUACCGAAAAUAGCUGAAAAUAUUUCAGAAUAUUUAAAAUUUUGUUCAGAUCUGAAAUUAUAUAGAGAAAUAUUAAUUUUAAUAUGUGUAAUAAUUAUAAAGAAUGAUGAAAGUGAAAUUUACAUAAUAAUUCCUACCUUUAUAUCUUUGAUAUUGCAAAUUUAUCAUGUAGAAAGGAUUAAAUAUAAAAUUGCUUUUGAAAAUUUUAAAAAUUAUGAUAAAGAUGAAGAUAAUUAUAUAUAUGGUUUUAAUUCUUAUAAUAAUAAGGAUGUUCUUUCCUUAUUAAAAACAUUAUUAAUUAUAAUAAAUAUUUUAAUUAAAAGAAAUGUUAAUUUUCUAAAUUUUUACUCAUGGAUAUUUUUUAAAGAUAUAUAUAUUAAGAAAAAUUCUUUUUUUUUGCAUAAUAAUAUGAAUAAUUCUUUAAAUAACCAAGUUAGUCAUUAUUUAAAUUCUACUAGUAAUAUAGAUAUAUUUAGUCCAAGUGAUAUGGAAACUAGUAGUGUUGCAUCUAUUAAUGAAAAUUCUUUGAGAUUACAAGAAGACAUUUUUAAAAACGAAAAAAAUGUUAAUGAAGAAUGUCAUAAAAGGAAAGAUGAUUUACAACAUAAGAGUGUUAAUAAAAAUGAGAAAAUUUUUAAUGCAAAUAGUAUACAGAGUAAUAGUAGUGAAGAAAAAACAAAAAAAAAUGAUGAAACUUUUCAAGAUAAUAAAGAAAUAAUAGAUGAAAAUUUUAAUGAAAACGAAUCGAACGAUAUAAUCAAUAUUUUUCUUAAUGCUAAUCAAGAAGACGAUUUUCAAAAAAAUCAUAAUUCAUCAUAUAACUUAAAAAAAAGUAUACAUAAUAAAACAAAACCAGAAGAAACAAAAUUUAUUGCGUUUCUAGAUAUAAUAGAAAAGUUAUAUUCAUCAUUAAGUUGUAAAAAAAAUAAAACAUGUAGUGAAUCUAAAAAUGAAAAAAAUUCAAAUGUAAAUAAUAAUUUUGAAGAAAAAAGUGAAAAUUCGAUAGAAAUUUUUGAAGAAAAAAAAAAAACACAGAAUUUUUAUAAUGAUGAAAGUAGUAAUUUAAAGAAAAAUACGUAUUACAUUGAUAAUUAUUUGAAUGAGCAUAUUUUAAGUACAAAAAACAAUUUAUCAGGAUAUUCUUCUUUUGAAAAUAAUUUAAGUAGCUCAUCUGUGAAUUCUAUUAAAAGUAAUUUUUCUUAUGGAUUCUCAAAAGACUUAAACGAAAUGUCAUAUGAUACAUCAGAUAAUAGUUAUAUUAGUAAUAGUAGCUCUAAUAAUAUGAGUAAUUUAAAUGACUUUAUUUCUACCAAUGAAAAUGAGGAAUCCAUAUCAUCAGACGAAAUUUAUAAUAAAACGAAUGAUAAAUGGAAUUACGUUAAUUGCCUAAUGAAUUAUGAUAUAAAUGAACUAUAUAAGAAAAAAAAAAAAAAAAAAAAAAAAAAUUUUAUUUAUUCCUGUAAUAAUGUAGCAUUAUCAUUAGUAUAUUUAUCAAGGAAAAUAAAAUUAAAUUUUUAUAAAUAUUCCAUGAAAAAACCUAAAGAUGAAACCCUUAUUUUACUAAAGGAGUUAAAUUCUAUUGAAAAUGAUAUCAAUGAUAUAUUUUUAGAAGUAGAUUUACAUGAAAUUUAUUCAGAUUUCUUAAUUAGAUAA